ACAGAGCGAGGGUAGCGAGAGUUUCGAUGUGAGGAAAAAGGGCAAAAAAGAAAACAUGGAGGCGGAGAGAAAGAAAGGGAAGGGGGGGACGGUGAUCUCUCCGAUACAGAGCCUCGAUGAUGGAUGCCUCAUGCACGUCUUCAGCUUCCUCCGCCCGAUCCCAGAUCGAUAUAACACGGCCCUCGUUUGCCACAGAUGGCGGUUCUUGGCUUGCCAUCCUCGGCUAUGGUUGCGUGUGGAGAGACCCAUCAAAAACUUGAAUGAGCCAGGUGUAUACCCCAGCCUUGAGGCUGCAAUUUCUGCUGCAAGACCUGGUGACACCAUUUUGAUCGCUGCUGGUGGGAAUCAUGUUGCCUCUAAUAUUCAAAUAAAGAAGCCGCUAUGCCUUAUUGGUGCAGGCGAUCUUCCUGAUGACACAGUCUUAACCUGUGCACGUGGUUCUGAUAGUGCACUGGAGUUUCUAUCGACAUGCAAGGUAGCCAACCUUACCAUAAGAGCGGAGCUCGGUUACUGCCUUCUCCACCGAAGCGGAAGGCUGACAAUUGAAGGGUGCAUCCUUCAAUGUGAAGAGAAUCCGUUGGAUUACCUCUCCUUCCCUAUAGUGAGUACAGCCAGCAGCAAAGUUGAUACAUUUUCACCAGCACCGAAGAGCCAACAGCAGCAAAAGAUUGCAGAUAGCGUCACUGUUUCAGAGACGAGGAUUGAAGGAGGUGCGAAGGCGGUGUGGACCAGUGGGAACUUGGUGUUGCGGCAUGUAAGGGCAAUUUAUGCACGAACUGCAAUCUUUUUCUGGUUCACUGUUGGAAUUUAGGGGGAAAAAAUCUCAUAUGAGUGCCCUCUAGAGAAACUCAUAUGAGGAGAUAGGAGAUAAUGACAUGCGUCUUGGUUGGAAAAAUCAGGAAACAUGCGAUGAGGAGAUGGGAGAUAAUGAGCGUGCGUCAUAGUUAGAAAUCAGGAAGUGACGCAUGUUUCGGCACUUGGAUGGUUAUUAAACAAGGUUUAAGAUCUGUACUGGGAUCACAUUUCAGAUCUCCAUUCUCCCUAUAAAAAUUUCUACAGAGAACUUUCAGUAGGGUGGGUUUUUUUUUUUUUUUUGGUCCUCCUUUUGAGACGUUAGCACCUGGGAGCCUAGUGUGAGACUCUGUAUGUCAUUGUAUUUGUUGUAGACUGCAACUCUGCGGGUUAAAUUAUGUUUAUCUUGUAACAUUUGAAUUUCCCUGUGAAAUCACCGAGUUCAUUUGUUAUGUAGGGCUGUGAAAAACAGAGCUCGGUGUUAACUUUUA